GUGAGCCUGUUGUGUGGACGAGAAACCAAAGUAAAGUAAACGGGGGAGGGUCUGCUACGGGGGGGGCUUUCAGCGAGUUACAAUGCGUCUUUCACGGUGUUGAACAGUCUCGCAGAACGAUGAGCCAACUUCGCCGGUCGUUUCUCAGCGGUAUGAGCCACUCCUGAGCCCCGAAAACGAGUCGUUGUUGGCGGGGGAGAGCGAGAAUGAAGAAGCCGAGCGCCGUGCUCCGUGUCGUCGGCUUGACUGGGAAAUGGUAGCGUACUGCAGGAACCGCACUGGGAAGGAACAUGGUCGAGAGGAGCAGCAAAUUCUUGUUGAUCGUCGUCGGAUCCGUGUGUUUCAUGCUGAUUCUCUAUCAGUACGUGGCUCCAGGGGUGAUCAAUUUCGGCUCCCCGCACGGUUAUUUCACGGAGGAAGACGAGGGGGACAUCUUCCCCACUCCGGACCCCCACUACGUUAAGAAAUACUACUUCCCUGUCAGGGACCUGGAAAGGACGAUAGAUUUCCAAAUCAAAGGCGAGGACGUGAUUGUGUUUUUGCACAUCCAGAAGACCGGGGGGACUACCUUCGGAAGGCACCUGGUCCAGAAUGUCCGUCUGGAGGUCCCGUGCGACUGCAGACCGGGCCAGAAGAAGUGUACCUGCUACCGGCCGAACCGCAAGGAGACCUGGCUCUUCUCCCGGUUCUCCACCGGCUGGAGCUGCGGCUUGCACGCCGACUGGACCGAGCUCACCAACUGUGUGCCGGGGGUCCUCAACAAGAAGGAGAACAAGCAGAAAAACCAGAGAAAGUUUUACUACAUCACUCUGCUGAGGGACCCGGUGUCUCGAUACCUAAGCGAGUGGCGGCAUGUUCAGCGCGGAGCCACGUGGAAAACCUCCCUGCACAUGUGUGAUGGACGGACCCCAACGCCCGAGGAACUGCCAUCCUGCUACGAGGGCUCUGACUGGUCAGGCUGUACCUUGCAGCAGUUCAUGGACUGUCCCUACAAUCUGGCCAACAACAGACAGGUUCGUAUGUUAGCGGACCUGAGCCUGGUUGGGUGCUACAACAUGUCCACGGUUCCAGAGAAGAAAAGAGCCCAGCUGCUCCUGGAGUCGGCAAAGAAGAACUUACGGGACAUGGCCUUCUUUGGUCUCACAGAGUACCAGAGGAAAACCCAGUUCUUGUUUGAGCGCACCUUCAGGUUACGCUUCAUCAGGCCGUUCAUGCAGUACAACAGCACCAGGGCUGCAGGGGUGGACCUGGACAAUGCCACGAUCCAGCGCAUCGAGGAGCUGAACGAGCUGGACAUGGAGCUCUACGACUACGCCCGGGACCUGUUCCAGCAGCGCUACCAGUACACCCGGCAGCAGGAGAGGCGGCAGCAGCGCAUCAAGAACCACCUGCAGCAGAGCCACCAGGGCCUUGGCCUGGGCGUCAACCUGUGGCCCUCUCACAGCCGGCAGAGCGCCGUAUCCACACUGGAGGACGGGGAGGGGGAGAGGGAGGAGCGGGAGGAGGGUGAGGAAGGAGGACGAACGGAGGAGGCGGGAAGCAGACUUCCCACUGAGGACUACAUGAACCAGAUCAUCAACCGCUGGUAGCAGCAGAACGAGAACAAACACAUGGACAUGCAUAUGUAAUGUGAAACACUCACACAUACUGAACGAGUGAGGCCUGCAUCAAAGACAUUAUUGACCAACAAGCAGACUUUACUGAGCAUUCGGCUGUGGCAACGAGAGUCCAAGUGGUUGCUAUGUAGACCUGGGCAUGCUCAAUCGCAUCAGCUAACAUAAUGGGGGUUUGCCCGGUUGUUAUUAGCACCCGCUUGCCCUUAUCUCCCCUCCUCUCUGGAUUCUCUCUGAUCGUCUUUACAGACCGAGCAGAGGAGAGAAAAUAGAGCAUUUCUAUCCCGUCUCCUCCUGUAUCCUCUCGUUCUCUGUGGCCUCAUAUGGAGCAUGAGAAAAUAAAAAUAAGUCUGUGAAUUCCCUCUAAUCUUCACUAAAGGACCAGUCUACUUCCUGGAUGCUCCGAUUUCAAAUUCGAAAGUUAUAAAGGUAUGCUAGUGGCUGGGCUGAACAAAGAAAAAGUGUGAGUUAAUGAAAGACUGAAGCUGACUGAACAAAAGACGUGAUUCAAAAAGUUGGACUGAGAUGUGUAAUAAAGCUUUCUGCUUAAAAAAAUCAGUCACUUCACCCAUAGACACGCCUGGUCAUGAAAUACUGACGGUGUCAUCCUCAUUUUAUGAUUUGUAUUUUUCUUUGUGCUUUUUUGAAAGCAGAAUUGUAAUAACACUGAGACCAAUAUUGCUGCCUAAAAGAAAGUGAUUCCUUUAAUUUCUUUAUUUUUAUUGGUUUUAUAAGUCAAAGCUGAUUGGUGGGAUUGAUGUAAAAUGGACCAUAGCCAUUACUGAAGCCUUGCAUCUCAAGGGUGGGGGGACAAAGUGACUUGUUUCUCUGUUAAAAGUUUCCAAAGCUCCUGUCGCUCAUUAUUCCUCCUUCUUUUUUUUGCUUGUUUUUUCACUGUGCGUCUCGCUCCUGCUGAGAAUAACAGCCAAUUAGAGCGCAACAUCAUCGCAUAGGUGUGAAGAAAUCAAAGGCAGGGAGAGGAGUGAGUCUGCUGCGAGUUGUUGCCAGGAGCUGUGCGGUAUGUGUUUGUGUGUGAGCGGCGGGCGCUUUGGAAGCCUCAACUCAGAAAAAUGCUCCAAGCAAAGAACUGCUGGUCACCAUGGUGGUGUGGAUGCUUAAUGCAAGGGGUGGUAUUUUACGUUUCCUUGUUUUUUUGUUGACAUUUUUUGAUCAAGCAUCCUUCCCACCUGCUUAAAGUGCCCACACUGCAGCGGUGACCUGCAGGCCAUUGAUGUGAGCAAACCCUGAAGAAGCACAGGGUGAGGUAGCAGUGCCUCUAUGUACUGGGAUCAUAGUUAACGUAACAGAUAUUACAUUAUAUAUGGUAAUUUCUCUGACUACUCUGCGUGAAUGUGCGUGUGUGCGUGUAAAUAGUAUGUACAGUAUGCCUUUGAUUGGCGUAUUUGUGUGUAUGGCUUUGUAAAUAGUACGACUGACUGAAUGAGAGAGUUUUGUGCGUGAAAGGUUCCAUGACCAAUAAUUUUUCGCCAUUUUUCAGUGGUGAGCGGCGGGAUGACUAAGCCUGUCUCACAUUAUGUCACAGCAGUGUGACCAUCACAGUGAUGCAAGCUAAUAAUACUCCCUUCUGCAAUGUUCUUUACCUUUUUAUCCCCCGUUUUUCUCCCCUUCUUCCCAUGGACAUAAAAGGACUGUAUUAUUAUGAUUAUCUAAAAGUUCUAGUUUGUUUUUUACAGUCUGUAGGUGACAUGUCUUUAGCAUAAAACAAAUGGGUUAACAAGACAAUGGCAAAAAAGAUGCACCAAAUCCAACAACCGAUCAGGAAUUUUUGUGCUUUUUCUGAUUUUGAGUUCAAAUAAUUUGUUGUAAAAACAUGGCCAUAUUUGCAUGAACGCGAUCCGUUGAAAACGGAAUCAUUCCUCCAAAAAAAGCUUCAUAUUCAGGCGACAGUUAUUUGAAAAACAUGCACACAGGUCUGCAAAAACUACACUAAAACCAUUGCAGUAUGAAUGCCACGCCAGCAGAUGUAACCAUACAAAAUGGCUAGCAUGUGCACGUUUGUAUGGAUGGACAACUAGGUGGGGUUGCAGCUAAGAACUGAGUAAAUUUAUAAAGAUGUUCCCAGGCCACUAUUUCCCUAUUUGUCUAAACGUGCAUUAAAAUUGCAUUAAAUGGACUGGUCUAAAGUGGGGAAAUAGUUCAGGAAACAGUCAGAUUCAUCACAUCAUUGUGUCAGAAGAUAAAUGAAGUGAUGGUGCUGUGCUGAGUAUAGUAUGGCUAAAGUCAGCAACUAGCUCCACCAGCCUUUGUUCCUCUUAGCAGAUUAAUAUCAUGCUCAGUGUGGUUACUCAUCACUUCGUUGAGUAGUUAUGCAUGAGUGUACCCCCAACAUCUUACAUCCUUCCUCGUUUCUAUUUAACAGUUAGAAACACUGCCAUACUGUGCUGUUCCUACAUGCUAAAUGCUAAGCUUCUCAUGUUUACAUCCAGCAAAGAGCAGUUUGGAAAGCUCUGGCAGGAAUGUAACAGCCUUUAACUGAUGUGCAGUGGCUACUUGUGCAAAACUUUACAGCCUCAGUUCGAGACAGUCUGGUUGCAGAUCGUACGCUACUCUCACAGACCGUUCAUCUAAGGGGCUGUCUAUCUCUAAAAGAAGACAGUUGUUUGCCAGUGAACGAUUUUUUUCUUUUUUCAAAUUCUUAAACACAGUCUUGCAGUUACAUUCAUGAAAUAACCACAAUGCAAAUAUUACAGACUAAGAAAAAUUUCAUGAAUAAAACAUAAAAUGAGAAUAAGAAAAUGGGAUUACAUUAUAGAUAGACCUAUUUUAGAAGUAGUUAUAGGAACAGUGGUUUGCUUUAAUUCCCGUAGCUUUUGCCAGAGCUAACAUGGCUAUACUGCCUACAUAAUUAACAUUACUACAUAAGCCAAUGUAGCUAAUUAAGCUUUCGCAAUGGGAGGUUUAGCUAUGAGAGCUUUAGCACAUGUAGCUACCUAGCUUACGUAGCAGCUUUGUGAGCUAAGUUUUGGCUUUGUGGCUCUUUUAGCUAGUUACACAAACCGUGGCUCAUUUUAAUUCUGUUUGCUUUUUCUUAAGCUAAUAUGGCUAUGCUAGCUGCAAAAUUACAUUACUACAUAAGCCAAUGUAGCUAAGUUAGCUUUAGUAACAGGAGGUUUAGCUAUGGGAGCUUUAGCAGAUGUAGCUAACGCUAACAUAGCUACAUAGAGAAUGUAGCAAUCUAGCUCACAUAAUCGCUCUGUUAGCUUAAGUUUAGCUAUGUUAGCUAUGUAGCUACAGUAGCUAUGUUACCUAUGCAGCUAACGUAGCCACGUAAGCUAUGCAGACUGUUUACUAGACUUUAUUAAAUGUUUUGUAAACAGGUUUCAGGUCUGGUUUAAUCGUUACCUUUACCCUAAACAGCAGUUUAAUCCAGUUUUAUUUUGAAUACAUUCAAAAAAUAUUCAGCGUCUCAGAUGAACGGUCUGUGAGAGCGGCUGUCAGAUGAACAGUCUGCAGCCAGACCUCCCUCACUCAGUCAGGUUGUGAAAUGAACCAAGUCACUUGACGUGAGGUUGUGGCAGUAGCAGCAUGCAGAACACAUCCAUCUGGUAUGAAAGCUGUGAUGCAGACACAAGCAGCAAACAUGCACCUAGUCUGAAACUGGCAUCUAAUGCACAUGUGCAAAGAGUGGAGGCAGUGCUGUGUUGCUAGUUCUACAUGGCAUCUUCAAAACUUUUUCAGGCACCCAAAAUACGGUUGUGAUGAAAACAGCCAAAAUUCAGAAAGUGGUUCCAGUUUUCAAGUUGAACCAUUGUCAUGUAAACAUGGCCUUAAUCUCUGAUUGGACAAUUUAUUUUCUUAUGAGAAAAGGGUUUCUAGCUUUCUCCGGUUAAAACGACAAACAUCAUACCUACAUACAUUAUCAUUGUGAUUGUCAGACUGCAUUCCCAGCACAAACCUUAGAAAAAAACUCAGUUAUCCUGCAGCUGCUUGUAUCUUCAAAGGAAAUGUUCAUGACCUCUCAGGUGUCAGCUGUCUGGCAGGGAAGAUAACAUAUUUACCCCGGGCAACUCCUAACAUUUAAACCUAAUAUUUCCAUAGAUUGUAACAGUCACUGGAAUGACCUGAGUAGUCUACUCCAGCAAACAAAAUGUGUGGAAAUAGUGGAUAUAAGUGCUGCUUUUAUUCCAGGUUAAUGUUGACUACAUAUGUAAUCCUCAAGGAAAAUAUAACAUUUUCCCUGAAGCAUACAUGGAGAAUGCUUUGUGAAGAAAUCACUGAGUAACAUACAGAGUGCUGGGGUCUUGGAUGUUGCAAUAAAAUUGCAGAUUUUACCAGAUAUGUCAAGCCCAUAAUGUCACAAAUUAAACUUUGACUAUCUCUACUCGGCCCAUAAGGGUUUAUUAUGAAAAGACAGAUAACUUAAUACCCUUGAUUGACUGUAAGGGCUACUCUUUUUCAGAGGAUCAGUCUGAUAGCAUCACGUUUUCACCUCUUAAAAUAACAAUUCUGCACUGCGGCUUCUUGUAUUUAAAGCAAGCGUCUUGCGAAAUAUAAAAUGUGCUGCACAUCUUGUUCCAAUUUGUCAAACAUCAGUUCCAGGAAAUGUUGGUGCAGGAUGUAAUCUUUAAAAGUGUUUCUACCAUGUCUUUGAAUUUAAGCUCAUCAUAUUCAGAAAUUUAAGAGAUCAAGAAAGAUUUAUGUGCCAUAAAAUGUUAUGAAAACCCAAGUUUAAUGAAAGGAGAAUGUAAAGGAGAGGGGGGGUAGACAUGUCACAGCUAGAUUCAAUCAAACUGAAUGUAGUCCAGGUUUGAUGUCAUCCAGGGGGCAGUGGGAGGAUGCCAGUAUGCCUCCCUGGUAUUAAGAAAUCAAAUGCUGCAUGUUGACGAUUGAUUUCUAUUAGAAUUUAAAAGGAAAGAGAAACAAAUAAUUUAGCCACCCACCAGCCUCCUUGUUAAAUUUCCAUUAAUCACCCCCGAAUCCUCCCAUGUCUCUCGUUUUUGAUCAGCUCCUUUCGAAUCAGGGAUGAUUCAUGAAGGGAAGGAGGGGAGAACAAGGAGGGGAUGAUGAAAGGUUCUGGGAUACAUCCAGAGUCAAUAUGCUGCUUUUUGUGUAGCCUUCAAAGUCGAGCAAAUGGAUAUAGGAAGCGAGAUCUCCCUUGUUUUUUAUGUAUUAACUUCUCCUUCAUUGUGUUCUUGAAAACACUGCAGCCUCCAGGCGUUUUGCCCACAGCUUCAUUUUUUUCCAAAGUCAGAUUCAGAGCGUGUUUGGUCUCCAAACCAAUAUCUGGUUUAAUACAAAACUGAUCUCCAGCUUGGGAGUGUUUUUUCUAUUUUCAGCGUUCCAGUCCUCAAACAGACUCCUGUGUGUGGAAGACAAAAAAAAAAACUCCUUUCACUGAAAUGAUUCCAGGAAAUAAUGCUGUAAAGCUCUACUCUUCUGUCUCAUCAUCAUGUAUAUCUGAUGUCUUAACAGCGUUUUCCUUUGUGACAGUGAAGCAGCCCAGGUGUCGCUAACAUCAACCUGUUUUGUUAUUUUUUUUAAAGAUGUGUUAAAGAGUGAUAGAGACUUGUUUGUUUUUUGGGGGGGAGGGGGGAUCGGUGUGCAGUCUGUCUCUGGCUCCUUCUGUAUGCAUCAUCCUGGGUUUGUUUCUUUAUGAUUGCAAAAAUGAAUCAUCAAGCCACCAAUUAAAAUAUUUCAUUUUUACAGA